AUGGAGUAUGGUGUGGUGUUUGGUUCUUCUUUGCUGGUCAUCUGCUCACCUCACGCAGGACAAAAAAGUCAGAGGGGAGGCUCACCAGCUGCUUUGUCUCUCUUCUUCCUGAACCAUGGUACUAAAUGCAUUUCAGUGGCAAUGGCCUCAGCUAUGCCUGACAAAGAGGAAGCUGCCAAGAGCUCUCUGGAGGUGAAGGAAGAGGAGCAGCAGGAUGCAGUAAAUCAGGUGGCUAACCUGACCUUGGUCAGUUCUGCCAGUGACAUGGUUUCUACAGCUUAUGCCUCUGCUAAGGAGAGCCACCCUUACAUCAGAUCUGUGUGUGAUGCAGCAGAGAAAGGAGUGAAGAGUGUGACUGAAGCCACAGCCAGCUGUGUGCAGCCAGUUCUGACUACGCUGGAGCCUCAUGUUGCUGCAGCAAGUGAGUAUGCCUCCAAGGGCUUGGAUAAACUAGGAGAAAAGCUCCCACUCCUUCAAAAGCCAGUGGACCAGAUUAUUUCUGAAACAAAAGAGCUGGUGUCAUCCAAAGUGGCUGAUGCAAAGGAUGCUGUGAGCAGCAAAGUGAUGGGGGUGGUAGAUGUAACUAAGGACACUCUUCAGAGCAGUGUGGAGACUGCCAGGUCUGCAGUGACCAGCAGUGUGGGGAUGGUUAUGGACUCCAGAGCGGGCCAGAUGGCUGUAAGUGGGGCAGAAGCUGUGCUGGGGAGAACAGAAGACACCUCUCUCCCCAUUGGAAAUGAGGAACUAGCCAAACUGGCAGUGUCUGAGGAGGGUGCAGACAUAAUGUCUGUGAAGGAGCAGCAGGAGAAGAGGAGGUACUUUGUGCGGUUGGGGUCUCUCUCUGAUGAACUUCGCCUCUUUGCCUACCUGCGCUCAACAGAAAAAAUGAAGCAGGUCUGGCAGGGCAUGCAGGAGGCCCUUGCACAGCUUCACUGCGCCAUUGAACUGAUUGAAGUAUUUAAGCAAGGAUUUAAUCAAAAGCUUCAGGAAGGGCAGGAGAAACUACACCAGAUGUGGCUGGACUGGAGUAGGAAGUCUUCCAAAGAGAGUGGAGAUGAAGGCUCUGCAGAGCCAGAGGAGAUGGAGUCUCUGGCCCUGCUUAUGGCAUGCAGUAUCACACAGCAGCUGCAAAUCACCUGCUGUAAAAUAGUGUCUGCAAUCCAAGGUCUUCCCUCAAGCCUUCAGGAUAAGGUGAAACAAUCUCUUAGUACCAUAGAGGAGCUUCAUGCUUCUUUCUCAGCAGCAAACUCCCUCCAGGACUUGCCUAGCAGUGUCUUGACCCAGAGCCAGAGGCAGUUGGCUGUGAUCCGGGAGUACAUGGAGGAGCUGCUGGACUACCUGAAGAACAACACACCUCUGUCCUGGCUGGUGGGACCCUUCUCCCCCAGGGAAGAGGAGGUGGAAACCUCUCGGGAGGAGGAACCCUUGCAGGAGAAGGAAGCAGGGACAGCAGGAGCAGGGGAUCAGGAAGCUUCCACCACCCUGAUGUAA